CAGUACCACCCAGGACACCAGCACAUCUGGCUCCAGUCCCCUCUGCUGACAGCUCAAAGGCAGCUCCUGCUGUUUCAUCAGCCUCCAAGUUGCGUUUGUAAAUCUUUUCUGUCCCUAUCCUCAGUCUCCUCCUCUUCAAUUUCCCCCCACUUCGGGCUGCGUGGCCUUCCAGUUCAGGGAGAAAGAUGGUUGCGACCUGCUUGCACCUUACUGGAUUUGUGGCGAGUUUCGUGGGCUGGAUCGGCUUGAUCGUGGCCACCUCCACCAACGACUGGGUCGUGACGUGUGGCUACACCAUCACCACCUGCAGGAAGAUGGACGAACUGGGAUCCAAGGGGCUGUGGGCAGACUGUGUCAUGGCGACGGGGCUAUAUCACUGCAAGCCACUGGUAGACAUCCUCAUAUUACCAGGGUAUGUCCAAGCCUGUCGAGCACUGAUGAUCGCAGCUACCGUUUUGGGACUCCCUGCUGUGUUUCUGCUGGUGACUGUCCUGCCUUGUAUCCGAAUGGGCCACGAACCCGGUGUGGCCAAAUAUCGACGAUCCCAGUUGGGCGGAAUCCUAUUGAUCCUCUUGGCACUGUGUGGUAUCGUGGCAACGAUUUGGUUCCCCGUCAGCGCGCAUCGUGAAACAAUGAUUAUGAGCUUCGGAUACUCCCUCUACACGGGCUGGAUUGGCUCGGCUCUUUGCCUCUUUGGAGGGUGCAUCAUUGUCUGCUGCUCAGGCGAUGCUCAGUCGUUUGGCGAAAACCGUUUCUACUACGCCUCGGGAUCCAGCUCUCCCACCCAUGCUAAAAGCGCCCAUGUAUAAAAUGCUCUGGAGACUUCGUACCUUCAUUGAGUGCUUUGAAAUGGGUUGAUGGGUCUUCUUUGCGUGUCGAAUUUGUUUGCAUCUUCACGCACAACGUGAGUGUGUCCCUGGACGAAGAGUUGCCGAACUAGCCCAAAUAUCUGAUAUUGUCAAAGUAUGAAAUCCUUAUGAUUUUUCUUAAUAGGCCAGAUCAUUCUCUGAAUUUGUACAAGUGUCCACGCUCAUGGGCUCAUGAUUACUGUUGAAAAGCAUUGAUUGGUCUGGUCUUUUUCUGUCCUUUCUCUUUUCUCUCUCUGCCUUUCAGAAAGUGAGCUAACAAGUACAGGUUGUUUUGAAUUGUCUGCAUGACUGGUAAUUUUUCCAACAUUAUGUUUCCAUCUCUUCUUCCCCCCGUGCUUUUUGAAGGCCACUGCAGGGACAAAGUUAUGGUGGAACAGGGAGGAAGAUGGUGUAUUGUUCCAUCUGCACAAAUGUUUCCCUUUUUGUGAGAUUAGGGGUUUUUUUCCUUUUGUUUCUCUGUGUACUUUAAAAAGGAAUUUGAUCACUGUCGCAACAGUGUUUUUGUCUAAACGCAUCAGUAUGAAGGAGGCACAGCCAAAUGUUUCUAAUUACAAGGUAAAUAACAGAACAUUUGUACAUAGUCUUAAAUAUAGGUAAUGGGGCUAAUCCCCAGGCCAGCCCCUCCCUCCCCCAUUUUGUUUGUACAGGUUUGUUGCUAAAAAUGUACUUCUCCCUUUUUAUUUUCCCCCCAAUUAAUUUGUAUUCUGACCUGCGCUGUUGAAGCGGAUCUUAUCUAAAAUGUAUACUGUAAUCUAUCAGAUGCCAGCUCAGUAAAAUCCAAUGAAUACUGAUGAUGCCUUUGUUCUCUAAGUGAAGUACUGUACAAUAUCCAAAAAUAAAUGUUGACAUUACUAGUCUUA